CUCUAUGCACAUGGGAAAGAAAUUGUAAGCAAUUAUAACCCGAUACAAUUUAUUUAAACAAUUGUGUUGGUCGUAUUCGAACUAAAUAAAAGAAAUGGAAGAAUACGCCCGAGAACCUUGCCCAUAUAGAAUUGUAGACGAUUGUGGGGGUGCUUUUGCUAUGGGAUGUAUUGGAGGUGGAGUGUUCCAAGCUAUUAAAGGGUUUCGUAAUGCACCUGCUGGCAUAAACAGAAGAUUGAUCGGAAGUAUAAUUGCAAUAAAAACUCGUUCACCCGUUAUCGCAGGCAAUUUUGCUGUGUGGGGUGGUAUGUUUAGUACUAUCGACUGCACACUCGUGCACUUUAGGAAAAAAGAAGAUCCAUGGAACUCCAUCAUAAGCGGUGCUGCAACUGGAGGAAUUUUAGCUGCAAGAAAUGGUGUUCCAGCUAUGGCGGGUAGUGCUAUAAUAGGAGGCGUACUCCUGGCUCUAAUUGAGGGUGUUGGAAUAUUAUUUACCAGAAUAUCCGCCGAUCAGUUCAGAAAUCCGUUACCACCAGCAGAAGACCCCGCUGUUCUUGGAGAUCCUGGAAGUAAUUAUUCGUUUGGAUCCAAUUCAAACCAAAAAAAUUAUCAAUAAAAUGACGACCAUUUAAAAAAACGGCGAUGUAUUGUAUAUUAUGAACAUUUCUGUUGGGUUCCUUCAAGAAUUGAAAACUUGUAUGCUCUAUCCUUGCUAGAGAAACCUUUCCUUACACCCCUGUACUUCGCUCGAUCGGAGCAGUAGUUUUGAAGUUGUGACACCGACUUUUAAAACGUGUUCCAGCUAUGGCGGGUAGUGCUAUAAUAGGAGGCGUACUCCUGGCUCUAAUUGAGGGUGUUGGAAUAUUAUUUACCAGAAUAUCUGCCGAUCAGUUCAGAAAUGCGUUACCACCAGCAGAAGACCCCGCUGUUCUUGGAGAUCCUGGAAGUAAUUAUUCGUUUGGAUCCAAUUCAAACCAAAAAAAUUAUCAAUAAAAUGACGACCAUUUAAAAAAACGGCGAUGUAUUGUAUAUUAUGAACAUUUCUGUUGGGUUCCUUCAAGAAUUGAAAACUUGUAUGCUCUAUCCUUGCUAGAGAAACCUUUCCUUACACCCCUGUACUUCGCUCGAUCGGAGCAGUGGUUUUGAAGUUGUGACACCGACUUUUAAAACGUGUUCCAGCUAUGGCGGGUAGUGCUAUAAUAGGAGGCGUACUCCUGGCUCUAAUUGAGGGUGUUGGAAUAUUAUUUACCAGAAUAUCUGCCGAUCAGUUCAGAAAUGCGUUACCACCAGCAGAAGACCCCGCUGUUCUUGGAGAUCCUGGAAGUAAUUAUUCGUUUGGAUCCAAUUCAAACCAAAAAAAUUAUCAAUAAAAUGACGACCAUUUAAAAAAACGGCGAUGUAUUGUAUAUUAUGAACAUUUCUGUUGGGUUCCUUCAAGAAUUGAAAACUUGUAUGCUCUAUCCUUGCUAGAGAAACCUUUCCUUACACCCCUGUACUUCGCUCGAUCGGAGCAGUGGUUUUGAAGUUGUGACACCGACUUUUAAAACGUGUUCCAGCUAUGGCGGGUAGUGCUAUAAUAGGAGGCGUACUCCUGGCUCUAAUUGAGGGUGUUGGAAUAUUAUUUACCAGAAUAUCUGCCGAUCAGUUCAGAAAUGCGUUACCACCAGCAGAAGACCCCGCUGUUCUUGGAGAUCCUGGAAGUAAUUAUUCGUUUGGAUCCAAUUCAAACCAAAAAAAUUAUCAAUAAAAUGACGACCAUUUAAAAAAACGGCGAUGUAUUGUAUAUUAUGAACAUUUCUGUUGGGUUCCUUCAAGAAUUGAAAACUUGUAUGCUCUAUCCUUGCUAGAGAAACCUUUCCUUACACCCCUGUACUUCGCUCGAUCGGAGCAGUGGUUUUGAAGUUGUGACACCGACUUUUAAAACGUGUUCCAGCUAUGGCGGGUAGUGCUAUAAUAGGAGGCGUACUCCUGGCUCUAAUUGAGGGUGUUGGAAUAUUAUUUACCAGAAUAUCUGCCGAUCAGUUCAGAAAUGCGUUACCACCAGCAGAAGACCCCGCUGUUCUUGGAGAUCCUGGAAGUAAUUAUUCGUUUGGAUCCAAUUCAAACCAAAAAAAUUAUCAAUAAAAUGACGACCAUUUAAAAAAA